AAAUAGGUUUGUAGUACUAGACAUUCUUUAAUAAUGUAGCUUUGAGACAUUAUAGCGGAAAGACAUAUUUAAAUGUACGAUAGCAAAUCUGUAUGAGUGUAAAUUUGUCAGUGGAAAAGUAAUUAAUAUAAUCUUUAAAGUAAUUUAAAAGACUUAUUUGAAAGAACCUAGUCCGGAACCUUUCUCCACCGGUCGGUGUUUAGUCCGGAAUAUAAUGCACACGCAUACUACUCUCAUGAUGGCCACUCUUACUAAAGCUUUAAAACCAAUCUUGGGAAGGCAGUUGGGAAAUACAGCAAAGGUCUUUGGCGCAGCAGUCAACAGUCAAAGAGGAAAACCUACAUACGCAGGACAAAUCAUACCUCCUCCUGCCAAGUAUGGAGGUCGGCAUACUGUAACAUUGAUUCCUGGAGAUGGGAUUGGACCAGAACUGCUUAACCAUGUGCGAGAGCUCUUCAGGUUCUGCUGUGUUCCUGUGGACUUUGAGGUGGUACAUGUAAAUUCUGCAUUAACCAGUGAGGAUGACAUCAAUAAUGCCAUUAUGGCCAUUCGCCGCAAUGGAAUUGCUCUUAAGGGUAACAUUGAGACUAACCACAUAAUGCCCCCUAACCACAAGUCACGGAACAAUCUUCUACGCACGAGUCUGGAUCUGUACGCCAAUGUGAUGCACUGCCAGUCACUUCCUGGAGUUCAGACGCGCCACAAAAACAUCGACAUCAUCAUCAUUAGAGAAAAUACAGAGGGCGAGUACAGCAGUCUGGAGCAUGAGAGUGUAUCAGGAGUUGUGGAGUCUCUAAAAAUCAUCACACGGAACAACUCCCUCCGCAUCGCUGACUAUGCCUUCAAACUGGCCCGAGAUAAAGGUCGCCACAAGGUCACGGCCGUCCACAAGGCUAACAUCAUGAAACUGGGGGAUGGGCUGUUCUUGCAGUGCUGUAAGGAGGUGGCCUCUGGAUACCCAGACAUUGAGUUUGAUAGUAUGAUUGUAGACAACACCACUAUGCAGCUUGUUUCCAAGCCCCACCAGUUUGAUGUCAUGGUGAUGCCUAACCUCUAUGGGAACGUGGUCAGCAAUGUGUGUGCGGGGCUGGUGGGUGGACCCGGUCUGGUGCCUGGUGCCAACUACGGGCGAGACUACGCUGUGUUUGAAACGGCCACCAGGAAUACAGGAAAGAGUAUUGCCAACAGGAACAUUGCCAACCCCACUGCCAUGCUGCUUGCCAGCUGCCUCAUGUUAGAUCAUCUCAAAAUUCAUGACUAUGCCAACAUGAUCCGCGGUGCGAUUCUCACCACCAUGAACGAGACCAGGUUGCACACAGUUGACAUUGGGGGUCAGGGCACUACCUCAGAAGUGGUUCAGUCUAUCAUGAGGAUCAUCCAGAGCGGCGGUCCCCUCACCACUGAGAUCUAAACCGAGUCAGCACCACUCCACCACUGUGUGACAUCAGCUUCUUAAGGACAUCUGCACUUCAUUUUGUGUCUCAAUAAUGUUGCUUCACUUGAGACAAGAGAUUUAUUCUUGAUUCCAGCAGCUUUUAUGGGGAUCAGGGGUGACGAUGGUGUUACAUGAAAUACAACAUACUUCAGCGCUGUGAUUGUGAUGUUUCUUGGGCAUAGUGGUCUUUCCAUGGGAACUGCAGAGUUUUUAGAUUUAUCAUAUUGUAUCUGAAAGGUUAUAUUGUUUUAAUGCUAUGCGAAUACAGUAUUUAUGAUGAGGGUCUUGCGCUGGAUUUGUGUUUCUGCUGCUCGGUUGCAUUCCACGUUUUAUCCAUUCUUACCAUGUUAUCCUCAAACAUAACAUAUUCAUUUUGGUUUUAUGCCUUUUUUGUUUACUUUAAUGACCCUGAACAAACCUCCAACUGUCCAUUUACAUAAUUAUAUUAUACUUGUAUAUUACUUUUUUUUUUUUUUUUUUAACUGCUUUAAGCUAUUGGGCGUUUAAAUGGACUUCAUAUUCUGGAUGUCCAUUUUUCUUUAGACUUUAUGCUGGGGUAUUAUUUAUGAUUAAUACUUAAUGUUGGUCUAAUGUUGCAUCAGUUAGUUUGAAACUUUAUGUUCCUGUACUGUCUUUUGUUAUGCAGUGCUUAACAGUAUUUGAUAAGUCUGCAUCUGGCAUACUGUCAUCUUUUGAAUUAAACAUCUACAUUUAACAUCAUGGCAUGCUGUUUUCAGAUUAGUAUAAUUAGAAUAGUUAUACAGAACUGUAAAGCAGUGGUUCUCAACCUUUUGGCUCCAUGGCUCCCAUUGUUUUCUGAUAAAAUAUAUCAAAGCUUGGCAUAAAUAGAAAACAUUAUAUACAAUAUAUGAAUAUAGUUGUUUGAUUUGAACAAUUUACGUGACUUUUCCAGGUCUAGAAAUCACACUUUCAAAAUAAAGUUGAAAUUGAAACCAUUUUAAAUUGUUCACUGGUUGAGAAUCACUUCUGUAAAGGGUUAAAAUUUGGACUGUUGCACAAAUCCUUAAUGGCUCACUGGUAAUCCAGAGACAUAAUAAAAUGGUUGUCCUCUUUAAAA